AGUUGCAUAAUGCGAAAUUUAAUUUUAAGGUGACCGGACAAAUUAUGUCAAUUUGCCACAUGUUAUCGCCAUGGUUGGUUUACCAGCUAGGGGAAAGACCUACAUUUCAAAAAAGUUGACGCAUUAUCUUAAUUGGAUUGGCAUCAAAACAAGAGUUUUUAAUGUUGGAGAAUAUCGCCGGUUAGCAACAGAAGCAUACAGAAGUCAUGAUUUCUUCCGUCCUGAUAAUAAGGAAGCUAUGGCCAUUCGAAAUAAAUGUGCAUUGGAUGCUUUGGAAGAUGUCUGCAAGUGGCUAGAAAGUGAAGGCGAAGUUGCAGUUUAUGAUGCAACAAAUACAACACGGGACAGAAGAAAGCUAAUUUAUGAUUUUGUAUGUGAAAAACAUGGUUUUAAGUUAUUUUUCAUCGAAUCUGUGUGCAAUGAUCCAGGUAUCAUUGAAGUAAACAUUAGGGAAGUUAAAGUUCACAGCCCUGAUUAUAAAGAUAGUGACAAAGAAGAAGCACUGCGUGAUUUCAUGCAGAGGAUAGAACAUUAUCAGAAAGCUUACCAAUCCCUUGAUGAGGAUUUAGAAAGAGCUUAUUCUUUUAUGAAGAUAUUUAAUGCUGGAGAGAAAGUCCUGGUGCACAGGCAUGAAGGUCACAUCCAGAGUCGAGUUGUAUAUUACUUGAUGAACAUCCAUAUUCUUCCACGUUCCAUUUAUUUAACCCGGCAUGGUGAAAGUAUAUUGAACCUGAAAGGUAGAAUAGGUGGUGAUGCCGAAUUGUCUGACCGAGGAUGGGAUUACACCCAUGCUUUAGCACGUUUCAUUCAAGAACAGAACAUACCUCGUUUGCGUGUUUGGACUAGUCAAUUGAAGCGAACUAUACAGACAGCUGCUGGUAUAGAAGCACCUCAAGAAAGGUGGAAAGCCUUGAAUGAAAUUGAUGCUGGCAUAUGUGAAGAAAUGACUUAUGAAGAAAUUCAGGAAAGGUAUCCAGAAGACUUUGCUGCUCGUGAUCAGGACAAAUUUCAUUAUAGAUAUCCUAGAGGAGAAUCAUAUGAAGAUCUGGUUGCUCGUUUAGAACCUGUUAUCAUGGAAUUGGAACGACAAGAAAAUGUGUUAGUCGUUGGCCACCAAGCUGUACUGAGAUGUCUUUUAGCAUACUUUUUAGACAAAAAUUCAGAAGAAUUGCCAUAUUUGAGAGUGCCAUUGCAUACUGUUAUAAAACUUACACCAGUUGCAUAUGGAUGUGAAAUGGAACUUUUCAAACUUCCAGUUGAAGCUGUUGAUACCCAUCGAGAAAAACCUAAAAACUGUGAUAUUGAGCGAUCAGCUGAAGAAGCUUUGCUGACAGUGCCUGAGCAUUUAUGAAUAUGGAACUUGGAUUAGAUGCGAAUUUACUUCAUCUUUAAAGUUGCAUUUUAUCAUUCCUAAAUAUUAAGUGAUAAUGCUAGUGCAAAUUAUACAACGUUGCCAUAUAUUUAAAUGUUGGUGAAGUUAGAUUUUAAAUUAUGUGUAUAUAAUGAAAUAAUUUAUUAGAAUCACAAUUUUAUCAAGAAUUUAAUAUUUAAGAAAAAUAUUGUUGCUCUUUGUGUAAUAUUUUAAUGUGAACUAUUUUUAACCUUUUAUUCCUUGUGUAAUAUGUAUAGGAAUAUGAAACUUCCUCAUUUUAAAAAUAUGUGGCUUUUUUGCUACUUAAGUAUUUUCCACAAGUUUUUUAAUGUGAAUAUUGUUUUCUAAAGUAUGGACUGUGUUCAAUUACAAUUGCAGUUUUUGUAUACCUUUUAUGUCUAGUUUCUGAAGAUUGGAUUGUAUUAUGUACUAUUAAUUAUCUGUAUUAAAAUUUUUGUUAAUGGGCAUUAAAACACUGUUUUAGAUUAAUCUUAUUUCACUGUUACUACAGUGCAUUUCAUAUAACAUACUGAUAAAUUUUUAAUAUUGUUCUGAAUUAUAAUUUUUAACAAAAGGAGGAAUUGAGUAAUUCUGUAGCUGUACACUGUCUAUAAAAUAGACAAAUGAACAACAUUUCAUAGUUUAAUGCAGCACCAUAUUAAGUUUAAAAAGUUAUAAAUUUGUCAUUUUAAAUUAUUGGAGAUUGAAAUAUAUAUUUGCUUUACUGACACUGUUAUUUAAAAUAGUCAUUAUUAAUUAUAAAAGUUAGAUAGUCCUCAAGCCUACUUAGGAAUCCAAACCUACUUAUGAAAGCUGUGUAGUUAAAAAUAAUGAUUGAAAAAUGAAAAUAUUUUGUUUUUUACAAAAAUGAUAAUUUUGAAAACAACCUUUUCAUGAAUACAUCAAAGCCUAAAUUAUAUUAUCCUAAGAUGGUUGUAUGAACUGAACAUAUGUGUAUUUCUAAAACAUGAUUUAACUGAACACAGUGAAACUUCUGCCUUGCAAAUGUGGUGUAGACUGUCUACAUGUUCAAAUAUUUGAGUAUUAAAAUUUAAAUUAAUCUGUAGCUUAAUGGAUAUUCAUAAGAAUAAUUAUGCAUCUCGUACAUGUGUAUUUUGAUUCAGGAGAUGCAUUUUUUAUUUAAAAUUCAUUUUCCUGUUGAUGUUCCUAUUUUCAUAUCUUGUUAAAUUUGAUUAU